GUGACUGAUACUGAGAAAUGGGAACAUAUUAUAGAUGCUAACAGAAUAACAAAAAAGAAUAGUGAAAUAGUAGAGAAAUUAAGGGAGGGGAUGUGACUUAGAAGAAAGAGGUGAAGGAUAUUGAAUGGGGCGAAAAGGGCGCCAAAAAGGAGGGGUAUAUGCUGAUGGAAUAUUUGGGGGAACUACGACUCUGUUGUGUUGCAUUGCCUAUAAAUCAUCAACUACUUCAUUUACACUUUCACGUACACAUCCAUUUCUUCUCUUUCUUUUCUCUCUCCAAAUUCAUCACAACUUCUCUAGCACUUGCAGGUCAGCUUCAUAAUCAUCUAUCAUUUCAUUCUCAUCCCAAUCCCAUGCAUGCAUUUCUUUUUGUGACCAUCAUCUUUUCCCUUUUUCAUGACAUCUGAAAAAACCAACAUGCACGAAUCAUUUCUAGACGUAACAUGCAUGACUUAGAUAUGCACAUCUUAGAAUAGAUUUAAUGUUAUCAUUUCCACAAGAAAACUUAAAACAUAGAUAUAUAUUUAUAUGACCAUCAAUUCUGUUUGCAUAUGUAUGUUUUGUUCUAGUGGGGCAGAGGGGACUUUGCUCGUAUUGAGUGUUGCAUAGACUUUAAUCACUUUAUGUUAUAGAAAGAUUCAAAUUUAGUUAAAGUUAAUUUUUAACCCUUAAGAUUAUUUUUAAGAUGUGAACGUAUUUUUAUUAUAACAAUAUGUUUUCCAUCAAAAUGAGGAGAAUUAUUUUGUGAAUGAUAAAACAAAUAAGCCUGAGUCUGUAGGACUCAGUUGUAAAAUGACUUGAACGCGCUGUUCAAAUCAGAAUCCCGUUUCCGAUGGCCCCGCAAGCCAGUUUGCGAAGAGUGAACUGAAAUCUGGUUCUCUUUUUCGUUUAUGAAAAAUAACAUUAAAAACGGCACCGUUUUUUGUGACUUUUUAAUGUUUCGGAUAAGCACACCGUGGUUGGUGGUUUUUACUUUCUAGUUACCAAGGCUAGGCUAAAUUGUCACAUCCUAAAAAGUACUAUUAAGACGCUUAACAUUUUUUUUUAAAAAAAUAGUAGAAGAUAGAUUUCUAAUUCUGUACAAGAUAUAUCAAGUAUAUUUUCGUAAUUUGUUAAUCAUUUUUUUUUUUUCAAAAUAUUUGUCGAGUAACUUUUAUUAGCUUACUGAUCAUGUCUUUUCCUGAUGGUGAUAGUAUUAGGCUUGAUGGUUGAUUGAUCAGUAGGAGAAUAAUUAGUUUUAAACGUGGUUAUGAUGACUUGUGAAUUUGUUCAGUAUUCCUAUCUUGAGCACCAUAUAUUUAAUAUGUUAUUUGUAUGAUAUACUUGAAGUUAUUUUUCAUCAUGGUUCUUAUAAUUUGGUAUAAUUUAUGAUUCACUAACAAAAAUUAGCUCUGAUGAUUUAUAAUAUGAAUUGCGAUUGUAGCUGAAUCUUGUUGUUUGUAUGCCUUAUCUUUCUUAUGGUCGUAAUUGGAUUAGAAGUUUACAGAAAUAGAUAAUCUCACGGCUUGACUCAGUUAUUAUGGAGUUGUAGUGCUGGUAUUGAUAGGUUUUGCAAUCUCCAUAGUCAUGAUAUGGUUGGUAGUCACCAAUCAAGAAAUUAUUAACCUGAAAUUGCAUAAUUGUGGCAUGUUAUUGCUCUUGAUUUAAGACAAGUUUAACGUAAUAAUCUGUAUGCAUCUAUUUUGCAGAGAAGUGAAGCAUUUGGGAAAGAGAAAGUUCAAGAGAAGGAAAGUUUAGUUUUGAUGGGGAAGGAGCAAAUUCAGGUGCUAAAUGCACUGGAUGUGGCAAAAACACAAUGGUAUCAUUUCACAGCAAUCAUAAUUGCUGGAAUGGGCUUUUUCACUGAUGCCUAUGAUCUUUUCUGCAUAUCACUUGUGACAAAGCUACUUGGGCGCAUAUAUUACCAUGUUGAUGGUGCACCAAAGCCUGGUACAUUGCCUCCCAAUGUGUCGGCUGCUGUGAAUGGUGUAGCUUUCGUUGGAACACUUUCUGGGCAACUCUUCUUUGGCUGGCUCGGUGACAAUUUGGGCCGAAAAAAAGUCUAUGGCGUGACCCUCAUGUUAAUGGUAAUAUGUUCCAUUGCUUCAGGUCUUUCUUUUGGACAUAAUGCAAAGACUGUGAUGGCAACUCUUUGCUUUUUCCGGUUCUGGCUUGGUUUUGGGAUUGGUGGAGACUACCCACUUUCUGCUACUAUAAUGUCUGAGUAUUCUAAUAAGAAGACUCGUGGUGCUUUUAUCGCUGCAGUUUUUGCCAUGCAGGGUUUUGGAAUAUUGGCUGGAGGUGUAUUUGCCAUUUUAAUUUCAUCUGCAUUCAAGGCCAGGUUUGAUGCUCCAGCAUAUGAGGUUGAUGCAUUCGGUUCAACUGUUCCACAAGCGGACUAUGUUUGGAGAAUAAUUCUAAUGGUGGGAGCACUUCCAGCUGCAUUAACUUACUACUGGAGAAUGAAGAUGCCAGAAACUGCUCGUUACACUGCCCUGGUUGCUAAGAAUAUGGAACAAGCUGCAGCAGAUAUGUCUAAGGUUAUGCAGGUGGAGAUUCAAGCUGAACCAAAAAAGGAAGAUAAGGCACAAGGUAAAUCAUAUGGAUUGUUCUCCAAGCAGUUCUUGAGUCACCAUGGACUGCAUCUACUUGGAACAACAACCACUUGGUUCUUGCUUGAUAUUGCAUUUUACAGUCAGAAUCUCUUCCAAAAGGAUAUCUUUAGUGCAGUUGGUUGGAUUCCUGCUGCAAAAACGAUGAACGCUCUUGAGGAGAUUUAUAGAAUUGCAAGGGCUCAAACUCUUAUUGCUCUUUGUAGUACAGUUCCUGGCUACUGGUUUACUGUGGCCUUCAUUGACAGGAUCGGAAGAUUUACUAUCCAAUUGAUGGGGUUCUUCUUUAUGACUGUCUUUAUGUUUGCUCUUGCCAUUCCUUAUGAUCACUGGACUCAUAAGGAGAAUCGGAUAGGAUUUGUAGUCUUUUAUUCUCUGACAUUCUUCUUUGCAAACUUUGGGCCUAAUGCUACCACGUUUGUGGUGCCAGCAGAGAUUUUCCCAGCUAGAUUCCGAUCUACUUGCCAUGGAAUAUCAUCUGCAUCUGGGAAGCUAGGGGCUAUAGUUGGUGCAUUUGGCUUCUUGUAUUUGGCACAGAACCAGGACAAGAGCAAAACAGAUGCAGGGUACCCUGCAGGCAUUGGUGUGAGGAAUUCGCUGCUUGUGUUAGGUGCGGUCAACAUUUUAGGCUUCUUCUUUACUUUCUUGGUGCCUGAGGGAAAGGGUAAAUCUUUGGAGGAGAUUUCAGGUGAAAAUGAAGAGGAAGUUGAGACCAAGGUAUAG